CCCUCCUCCGCUUCUCACAUUGGUUUCCCCUGACAUGACACGGGCUCAGUUGAUAACUUAGAAACAGACAGGAGGGGACGUCCUAUUGUGUGUCUUGUACUUGUCUUCUCUCCAUGAGGUGCAAGGAGGCGGGUGGCUUUUUGAGUGAGAUUUUCUCCUGACAAUUUUUUGGGGGGGAAAAGAGCAUUAUUCAUUUGAUGAUUCGUCUUGUUUUUCCUCUCAUUCUGAACUUCUGAUACUGGACUUUGCGGUAGAUGAGGUGAGAUAUCUGUAUUGUCUUGUGAUUCUUGUCACAGUAUGCCCAUCUAGACUACACUGCAGAGCUAUCAAAAAAACCAUGUCUGAGGGUGUCGUCAGAAAAAUCCAACCCUUUACCAUUGGGACCAGACUGUCUGUCCCAUCAGAAGCCAAAUGCCAGGAGUUUGUGGACGUCUAUCUGCCGAAGUCUGCUGCUCCGAACAAGUUGGAGCUACAGAACAACCUACACCACCAAAUGUCCCUUUACGUGGGCCAGUCCCAGGGGUGGCCUGGGACCGGGAAGUCGGAACUCCCACAAGUGGCCGCCCAGGUCUACGCUUCAACACCAGAGGGACAUCAGGAUGAGAGAGUGGAGGAGGACAGGAAUUCUGUGUCCCCCACUGCAUCCUCUAGGUCCAUCAGGAAGAUUGCUAUUUGCAGGAAUGCCGAGACAGUCCCCGACGUGUCCUUGGGUGACUCUGACCUGGCCACCUCAGUCAGUUCCACGUCGGAGGCCAUCCGAAGCAACUACAACAGUGUUCACCCAAAACCGCCAUCCUUGAUAGUAGAGGACGACUUGGAUAAGAGGUCCAACUCUCAGUCUAAGGAUGGACAUCAGUACGAGACGCUUGACGUGGAGACCGACCACAAGGGAGAGAAGAGGAAGAGACUGCAACAGAGGGAAGGGAACAAAAUCCCUUCCAGAGAGAACGCCGUUAACCAAACCUGCCUGAGGUUCCAGUCACUGUUAAGAAACUAUCACCAAGACCUCAAACUGGCUCUGGACGUCUCCUCCUUCUACCAACAGGCUGACAACAUCAUCUUCACCAUCAACAGGAAGAGAAGCAUCCUGUCUGGAUCAGAUAGCCAGGGGAGCUGCGGUCAGACAGAGAUCUACAAUAUUGCCAGCCAAAUCACGAUGCUGAACGAGACUGUUUCGCGCCUUUCGGACCUCCACCCUACCCUGGCUGCCAGAGUGACACGGAAGCAGGCUGAGGUGCAGGAGAGUUGGGGCCUUCUCCAGGAGGGUAGCGGGAGCGAGUGGCCAGCUUUGCCCACCACCCUUGCCAUAGACUUCUCCUGUGAUGAACCUGGCGCACUGAGUCAAACCAGAGAUCCGGAACAUGAGGCCCAGAGGAUCAUAGGAAAGGACAUCAAAGAGGAACAGAACCCUCUCAAAGGGUUCGAGAACAUGAAAGACUGUGGGGUCCCCAGGAAGCUGACUGUUAGUCAAGUUGAACAGCCUUCCAAAAGCUAUGCCCGAGUCUCCUGUGACACCACCAGCAAUGACUUGACUGGAAGACUGUGUGUGGAGAGGCAAAGAAAGGACCAGACAACCCAUUUGAACACUUGUUAUCCAGGUUGCCAAUCAGAACUUGGUAUUCAGUUGCAAAAUUCUACCACAUCUGCUGAUAAGACUCUGUCAUGGCUGAAAGACAACCUUGCUAUGUCAGCCCCCAGCCACCACACAGCCAGUCUGAGUUGUCCAGAGGAAAAGCCAGGGUCAACCCAAGGCCAGCACCAAGGUUGUGUGAAGAUGGAAGACCUCCUUGGCCAAGUGGAAACGUUAUGGGAAGUUCUGAGGAGAAGACUUCAUAGAAGCAUUAUUUAUUCAAACAGCUCUGAGAGGAUCAACUUGGAGAGGGAUGACAAUCAUGAGACAGACAAGGAUCGGCUCGAAGGACGCCUGUCAGAAUACAGUGCAACCACGAAAAACGUGGAAUUCUGGAGCGUCCCAGAUGUCGAGGAGCUCUCUGAGACAUUGGAGGAAAACGACAGAGGAAUGCUGACAGAGCUGCUGCGGUGUCUUGACCAGGAUGAAAACGUUGAUCGUUGCGAGGUAGAGCGACAGACCCUUACUGGACAAAUGGAUGACCAGGGGUGCAUGGACUACCCUAUGGAGGACCUUGGUGAAGCAGUGGAGAAAAGAGGACAUUCCCUCUGUCAAAGUCAAGACACCCAAGAACUUCUGAGUCAGCACUCAACAGUGACGCUGCGAAUCAACCAGCUCUUGUCCAGGUGUGCGGAGUUCAGCAUGGACGUUCUGGACACUGAGACAGACAUGGCGGUCAGAUGUGAGCCCUAUAGUUCUGAACUCGAGGGACUGCAGGAGCAACAGGAUGAGCUAGAGAAGGACUAUCAGGUCAUAAAAGAGGAGGUGGAAGAGAUGGAGGGACUGGCUUUGCGACUACAGGUCCUCCUACCUGACAUGACAGGGGCUUUGGGGGAGGACAUCCAUGCGACCCAGCAAGCUUGGGAGGAGUUGGGAUGGAGCAUGGCAGAGAACCAAUGCAACCUCCAACAAUUUCAGCAACUGCAAGACUUUCUUAAGGCCUACCUGGCCAUGAUCUCAUGGACAGAGGACACGCAGACUUGCAUUUUCUCAGAGGUGUCAGUCCAGCAGUGGAGAUUGGCAGAAUCGAGUGUUCCAUCUGAGCUAGAUCUGAGGAUAGAGCAGAAGUUUGACGAGUUUGACAAGCUCGCUGCUGCUGGGCAGAAGCUUAUCAAGGAGCGACAUCACUUGGCAGAUAUUAUAAAGGAGAGGACUGAGGAACUGCAAAGCAUUCUGGGAUGGAUCCUGGUGUACUGGAGGGCACAGAAAGACCAGCUGGGUCGGGAGAGGUCAAGCGAUUCAAGAAGUGAUGACCCUCAAGGAGACGCAACCAGAUUUUCACAAGGUCAACCCCACGUAGGAUAUCCCUGCUACCCCCUAAAAAAGAAUCUAUCCUCUCUGGCAGAACACAACAAGUCCUCUGAAAGCCUGUCCACAAAGCACAGGCUCAUGGUGGCGAGCCAGUUUGAAGGACCACAAAAAUCCCAACCAGGGAUAGGUCACCACGCAGAAAACUUUGCCAAGCCAGUAAACGUAACACCACACGUCCCCUUGGAUGUGGCAGUCAACUCGCCCAGCAUUAGCCUUGAAGAGCCCUGUGCUACUGUCACCCCACUGGGCAGCAGCAUCAACCUCAUCCUCAGUUUUGACCAACAGCCACCAGGGGGCGGUCUGCAACAGGGUCCAGUGGAGCCAAAGCAGGCAGUGGAACCUGUGCAUAGGGUGAGCACCUAUCUGCAAGUCACAGAUGGAAGUCCUGUUUUUGAAGAUGUGGCAUCGUCUCAUGUUACUGACACGAGCCACGUGUCAACCACCUUUUCCACAAGCUCAAUCAACGCUACUUUCAUACCCCAAGUCAGGACUGUCUUGCUCCCCACCUUUCCCAGAACCAGUUCCACCUCUACCUUAAACCUGAAGGGACCGAUGAAGAGGAGGAAGAAAAUGACACACAGGCACACUGUGACUGGAAUUGUCGCAAUGCCCAAGCCAGAGGGGGUUACUACCGUGCCCAUCGGUGCCACACACAGAGCUCACACCUGGCCACUGGAGGAUAAGAAGGAAUGCCAUGCCAUACAAGGGAGUCCAGUUAAUACAGAACUCCAACUGUAUAUCAAAAAUAAUUCUGUGGUGAGUGUCAUGGAUGGCAACUCUUCAGGCACGUCAAGCAUUCCUCCCGUUCCUACCAUCCAGGGGCAUUUCUUGCAUGGGCCCAAUGAGAUGACCAUUAGGCAAGACAAGAGCCACUAUGGCGUUAUCCGUCUUGGGUCGAUGUUGAGUUUUGACCUGCCCAAGGAUUGGGGGAAAAUCUCACAAAUAAGUGCAAAAGACCUCACACCUGAGAAAGUGCCUUUUGAAGCCAAUGGGGACCAUGCCAGUCCACCUUUGAAUCUGUACAGACCAUCAGGCUCAAACACACUCGGUCAGACUCACGUAUUGUCCAAAGUGAUUGGGCAGAAUUUCACCCGGAGUUCAGGGGAGGAAAGUAUAUGCGAAACAGGGGACUUUGCUGUUCAAAAUGGUUCACCUUUGAAUCUAUACAAAUUGGCAGACUCAAAUACACUCAGUCAGACUCACAAAGUGAUUGGACAUACUUUUGCCCUCAGUCCGAAAGAAGAAAAGAGCUGCGAAACAGCUAGGCAGGACUCGCAGAAGGUCAGCUCAGAGUCUGUUUCUCUUUUGGUUCAGUGUAUCUCGCUACCUGAGAAAGACGACAUCUAUCACAACCUCAGAAGAGCCACAAGGAGUCCUGCCCUUGCUGCUCGACAUGAGAACAUUAAGGUCGAGAUUUCCAUUCCAGUAGCCAUUUUGGACUCUACAAAACAACACACUGAACCAAACUGCAGCAGCUCGAUGAUGCAUGACCACGCCCGCACUGAACCAUCACAGAACCACAAGCACAACUGUUUAAGUGUUCACACUAAGAUUCAAGACCUCAAUAACCACAUAUACAUCCCUUCUGCAAAGAGGCAAUUCGCUUUCCAAAGUGACCUUCGAGUUGUAGAGAUCAAGGGCUUGUCUACUGUGUCUGAAGACUCCACAUGGAUGGGUGUGCGCAGUUCUGGACGAGUCAUUGUGUGCUCUGAGGACAACUGUUGCGUGUGCUCCGACAGUCCCGCACCAAUGAUGGUAUUGGGAAAAGAAACUUCACCCAAAAGAGAACCCGAUCAUAUUCAUCCUGAUCAUUGGCAGUUUGAGGAGGAGGAAGAGGAGCUGGAGGAUAUUUGGAAUUGCACAGACCGUGAAAGAGCACCUUGAAUUACUGUGGUCCCAAACUCUGAGGUGGUGGCAAUGCCACACUGACGCACAGACCAGUGAUCAACCAGCCAGUGAUUAAAGUGGCCCUAAACAUAAAGUGUCUCAGAGUAGGAGUGCUGAUCUAGGAUUAGUUUGCCUUUUAGAACAAAAUUAAUAAGAUUAUGUGGACAGAUCCUAGAUCAGCACUCCUACUCUGAGAUGCUUUGUGGGAUACGGACACAGAUCUUGGAUCAGCUUAUUCUCCCCCUUUCCAACUUUGACUCCAUGGACUUUUACUUCACAUUGCCUCAGUGACAUUAGAGGAUCAUCGUGUGCAAGCAGCAGUGAUGGAAAAAGUACUCAAUUGUCAUACAUUAAUAGAAAAUGACUCAAGUAAAAGUGAAAGUCACCCAGUAACAUAUUACUUGAGUAAAAGUCCACAAGUAUUUGGUUUUAAAUAUACUUAAGUAUGAAAAGUAAAUGGAAUUACUAAAAUGUACUUAAGUGUCAAAAGUAUAAACCAUUUCAAAUUCCUAAUAAUAAGCAAACCAGAUGGCACAAUUUGAAAAUAAAUGUUUUAUUUAACAGAUAGCCAGGGGCACACUCCAACCCUCAGACAUAAUUUCCAAACUAAGCAUUUGUGUUUAGUGAGUCCGCCAGAUCAGAGGCAGUAGGGAUGACCAGGGAUGUCUUGAAAAGUGUGCGAAUUGGACUGUGUGCGAAUUCCUGUCAAAAUGUAAGAAGUACUUUUGGGUGUCAGGGAAAAUGUAUGGAGUAAAAAGUACAUUUUUUCUUUAGUGUAGUCAAAUUAAAAGUUGGCAAAAAUAUUGUCAAAAAUAUAUAAAAAAACGAAAAAGUUGUCAAAUAUAAAUAGUAAAGUACAGAUACCGCAAAAAACUACUUAAGUAGUAUUUAAGUAUUUUUACUUAAGUACUUUACACCACUGGCAAGCAGUCUGCAAGAAUCUCACUACAGAAGAAAACAUCCAUACAAGACCAAAGGAGUCAUGAAUGUAUUGUGAUGCCCCAUUGUACAAAAGGAUUCAUGUCUUCUUUUUUUCCCUGUGUAAUGCUUUGAUGGGAAUGGUUCUUUAAUAAGGGAAAUUGGCUAGAAUUCCCCAUAUUAAACUUAACUGGGAUUUCGACUAGGUAUCAUCCCUUUAUUUUUUUUAUAUUUAUUUAACCCUUAUUUUACCAGGUAAGUUGAACACAUUCUCAUUUACAGCAACGACCUGGGGAAUAGUUACAGUGGAGAGGAGUGGGGGAUGAAUGACCCAAUUGGAAGCUGGGGAUGAUUAGGUGGCCAUGAUGGUAUGAGGGCCAGAUUGGGAAUUUAGCCAGGACAUCAGGGUUAACACCCCUACUUUUAUGAUACGUGCCAUGGUAUGUUUAGUGACCACAGAGAGUCAGGACACCCGUUUAACUUCACAUAGCAAAGACAGAUUUCCACUCAAUAAUUGAUGGCCGUCAAUGGCCAAUGGAGGGCUGAAGCACUACAUUCUUCUUUGUGACUCUUUCCAUUGGUCACUGGCUGUUAACAAGACUUGAGUGUAUGAUACAACAUAAAACAAUAUAACAUUACUGUAUUGAAGAAAUCAGACAUGUAGGGUCACAAAUAGUGCAAUACACUGAACUGAAUGGACUUACCCCAUUGAAUACCAUACAAGAUGAUCAAAAUGUAUUUGCUCUGUCUCUUUAAUGCCACUUGGUGUCUUAUUUCUUUCAACUGUGUAUGAAUUGCAUGCAGGGCACAUAAAUAAACUGCUAUUUUAA